GCUCCGCUCCGGAGAAGCAGCGAGUUGCACCGACUGAAGAGAGAGAGAGAGAGAGAGAGAGAGAGGAGGAGAGGAAGAAGGAGGAUGAUGGGAGCGAAUAUUAUCCCCUUUAAGUGACCCACAUCUGUCAGUAGACCUACAUAUCACUGUAAUCUAGGCUAGUUCUUGUUCUCGAGGAUUUUUCUCCACCAAAGAUGUCUGCGUCGGCGAUAUUCAUCCUCGACCUGAAGGGAAAGGUCCUAAUCUGCCGCAACUACAAGGGCAACAUGGACAUGAAUGAGAUCGACCACUUUAUGCCCAUCCUGAUGAAGAGAGAAGAGGAGGCUGAGAUGACGCCUCUGGUCACCCGCGGCUCCUCACACUUCCUGUGGAUCAAACACAACAACCUUUACUUGGUGGCGAUGACGAAGAAGAAUGCCAACGCUUCCCUGGUCUACGCUUUUCUUUAUAAAAUUAUCCAGGUAUUUAAGGAGUACUUUAAGGAGGUCGAGGAGGAGAGUAUUCGCGACAACUUUGUGACGGUGUACGAGCUGAUGGACGAAGUGAUGGACUUCGGUUUCCCUCAGACAACCGACAGCAAGAUCUUACAAGAGUACAUCACCCAGCGGGGUCAUAAAUUAGAGGUCGGGGCUCCUCGACCUCCUGCCACCGUCACCAAUGCCGUGUCGUGGCGGUCAGAGGGCAUCAAGUACAGGAAGAACGAAGUUUUCAUGGACGUCAUCGAGUCAGUAAAUCUACUGGUGAGCGCCAGUGGCAGCGUCCUGCGGAGUGAAAUAGUGGGCACCAUCAAGCUCAAAGUCUGCCUGUCGGGGAUGCCUGAACUCAGACUGGGCCUCAAUGACAAAGUGCUGUUUGAAAUCACAGGCAGAGAGAAGAGUAAGACAGUGGAGCUGGAGGAUGUGAAGUUUCAUCAGUGUGUCCGUCUGUCACGCUUCGAGAACGACCGCACCAUCUCUUUCAUCCCCCCCGACGGCGAGAGCGAGCUCAUGUCCUACCGCCUCAACACUACAGUGAAGCCUCUCAUAUGGAUCGAGAGCGUGAUUGAGAAGUACUCUCACAGCCGCGUGGAGAUCAAGGUGAAGGCUCGGAGUCAGUUCAAGAGCCGGUCCACCGCCAACAAUGUGUCCAUUCUGGUGCCAGUGCCCAGCGAUGCUGACUCACCCAAGUUCAAGACCAGCACCGGCAGCGCCAAGUGGGUGCCCGAGAAGAGCGUGGUGCAGUGGACCAUCAAGUCUUUCCCUGGUGGUAAGGAGUACAUGAUGCGGGCACACUUUGGGCUUCCCAGUGUGGACAGUGAUGAGCUGGACGCAAAGAGACCAAUCACAGUUGACUUUGAGAUCCCUUAUUUCACCGUGUCUGGGAUUCAGGUGCGUUACCUAAAGAUCAUAGAGAAGAGCGGUUACCACGCAUUACCAUGGGUGCGCUACAUCACACAAAGUGGAGAUUACCAGCUCCGGACAAACUAAAGGGCACAGAUGCUGCUAGACGAAUGGAUAUUUUCUCUCUCUGUCUGUCUUCCUCUCUCCUCUCCUCUCCUCUCCUCUCUCUGUUUCUCUGGCUCCCCGUCUGCGAUGGACAGCAGAGGUCAAGCGCAGGAGGACACGUGGAACUGUUCCCCUACUCUGAACGGAAACAAGACAUCAUCCCUUCCUUUAAGACACUCUCAACUAAGAUGCCGGGAAAGGCCGUGGCAUCACCUCUGACCUGUGAUUUUUUUAAAGGGCUCCUCAGGACUCAAGCCAAACAUUUUAAUAUGUGAAUAAUGAACUGAUAACUUUGUGACACCGUCUGGUUCUGACACGCUCUCAAUUCCUCAUUUUUAAAUGAUAUUCCUUGAGGUUAAUUGAGAGCACAAUUUGGAGGAAAAAGACAUUUUUAAGAAAUAUUAUGAAAUUUGGAGUAUUAUCAUUUUUGGGUACUUGGCUUCUCCACUGAGAUGUGUAGCUUUUUACUGUGUAACAUGCAAACCAAACAAUAGCGUAGAGCCAAUAUACAGUAACUGUGAUUGGUCAUUUUCAUUUUAUAUUUCUCAAAGGGUCAUUAUAUUGCAGAUGGGUGAUUUUUCUAAAUCAAAAGUGUGCCAUGUACUCAAAUUUCAUUAUUUUCUGUAGAGAAAGCUGUUGCUCCAUGCAGGAUUUUAACCACUGCACCACAUCUGUCAGCAUCUUUAACUGUAGGGGUGUUUAUUCCUCAUAUGUUUUCUUCUUAAUAACCCUUUUAUGAUCCAUAUAUAGUACAUUUUAACUCCUUUGUUAAUGUUCAUCGCCUUUCAGAGGCGUAUGUUUUUCCGGAACCUUUAUAUUAUAUAUUCAUUGCCUUAAAAAAUUGCCUAUGUAUCAUCACCUUUAGCACUGUGAACAUAAUCCCCAGUGCACCGAAACUAACACCAGCGACCAGAUCAAUGAUUAAUAAGGCACAAUAUUGUCAGAGGCGUCGGCAGUGCAACAUAAUACCGUCGACGCGCUCUCGUGGGGCCUGUAACCUUGUCCUUGUGCUCGAAAUCAGCUUGCAGCUUUGAGAGUAAAGGAAUGAGCACGGUGCAGAAUUUUCUGUCAUUUCUAUCUGUUGUUUAUAUUGUACUAGUUAGUCCCCUGUGGGAAGUGUUUGAAGGGCAGAACAGGGGGUUGAGAAGGAGAGGUGGGAGCAGGACAAAAGGUAAAAUUACCUGCAGGGAUUCUGAGAAUAUUGACAAUAUGUUGAGGUAAUUGUUUUUCCAUGACUCGUUUGUUUUUUAUAUGUCGACCUCUGCCAGCCCGUAUACUUCUUCAGAGCAGUUUGUGGUGUGGUUCACUCCCUCUGUUGUGCAUGCAUUGCACCACAUCAGUUCAGCUGCACUGCCAGCAGCAAAGACGAGAGUCCUGUGUCCAUUUAUUGCAUCUCUGCUGGUGAAGUACAAAACCUUUUGUUACAAUCAUUCCAGCAUCUUGUGUGGGCAUUUUUCUGACACCAGUGAGGGUUGUUAAAAGUGUGUGUUAUUGUGUGUUUUCAUUAAUUUAUCAACUACUAUUUGUCGAUAGGAAGCAAAGGGAUAUAUUUGGAAAUAAACAUUUUUUUGUAUCUUG